AUGACUACCCUGCAUGGCACAGGCCAGCCCAAAAGCUUAUACCGACCCAAUGCCGUUCCUACUUCCUCAGCCAUCCGUCUUCACCCUGCAGGAUCUGCAGUCGAUCCUACAACUACACAACCGGGAUUAUCGGGAUCUGGAUCUGCACCCAGAGUCAUUGUCACGGCACCAGGAGAAGCGGGAGGAACAGGGCGGCGGUCGGCUCGUUUUGUGGACGAUGGGGAUGAUACCGACGGCGGUACAGACACCGGCUCCUCUCGCCACAACUCGCCGUCAACACCAACCAGUCGAACGUCGCAUCACUCCAAUAACGUUACGUUCCAGACGCGACCCAGGGGUUAUACCGCCGACUCUGCACACUCUGCAGAGUUCCCAACGUUUGCUGCAUACCGCCAAUCCCAACGCGGGAACUUUGAUGCACUCGCGCAGCGGUUUAAAAGGGCUUUUGCGAUCUCGCAGCAGACUACCGAGCAGCAACAGCAGCAACAACAGAUGGCUAUGAUGCAGAGCCCGGCUUCUAAAGAAUUGUCGCCAAGCAUGAUCACGGAUCCUCCAAGCUACGAUCAGACCACGGGAGAGCCUUCCAUAUCUUCACCCCCAACCAUCCCUCUCACAGCGACUACACUCACCGCAGGAACCACAAGGACAGGAGCAGGAGUACAAACAAGAUCCCGCUCAGCAUCCACCGCAAGCAUGAUCAGCGACAUUGCAGGAAGACUGCGAUCUGGAUCUCUAUUCAGUCGUUCCAGCCCCACCACCAACACCACCACUAGUAGCAACAAGAACAGUACCACCAUUUCCAUCCUACCGGCUACCAAAACUGCAACGGAUCCGUUACACUACACAUACAUCUCGAGUGGCGCCAACAGUGAAGUCACUCGACCCAGCUUACUCUCGUCUCCUUCUCAUUCUGCAACGUAUUCUUCGUCCCCUUCUUCAGCCGCGACUCAUGCCACACCGACGAUGAUGACGUCGGCGUCGACGACCAUAUCUAUGGAGAUCAUGCCUGUACUAGAACUUUUGGAGUCUCAGUCGCCUUUACCUCAGACAGGGCAUGACCGGACACCUUCGUCACCGACAGAUGUUCAAACCCUGUCGUCAAUACCCCCACCAGAUCGAGAGCAACAUCCUCUGACGUAA